AUGGCAGACGAAGCGCAGGCUGCGGCUCCACCCAAGAAGCUUGUGAGACGCCGGCCAGCUCGUCAGCAGGUCAAACCAGGACAGAUCGAGAAGAAGCCUCUCGAACAGACUGGCAGCGUCUACAACAUCUUCUACCACAAGUGGGCGGGCGGUGACAAGUACGACGAAUACAAUGCCAAGGAAAAGUCCCAGACGAGAUGCGUCAUUGCAACAGAUGCUGGCUACACUCGAGCAGAUGGGGGACGCAACAAUUACUGCUGUCUCUACUUUGCUCGAGGGUGCUGUCCGCUCGGGUCCGAGUGCGAAUUCCUCCACAGACUGCCCCUACCACAGCACAAAUUACCAGACGCUUCCAGGGACUGCUUCGGCCGAGAGAAACAUGCAGGCUAUCGGGACGAUAUGGGCGGCGUCGGCUCCUUCACUCGCCAGAACAGGACGCUCUACAUCGGCAGAGUGACUAUGACACGGAACACGGAUGAGAUCCUGGAGAAACACUUCAAUGAAUGGGGCGAGAUCGAACGCAUCAAAGUCUUACAAGGCAGAGGCGUCGGAUUUGUCACUUUCGUGACGGAGAUCGAUGCUCAGUUUGCAAAAGAGGCAAUGAUGCACCAAUCCCUCGAUAAUGACGAAGUUCUCAAUGUUCGCUGGGCCACCGAAGAUCCCAAUCCGACUGCAAAAGUCAUGGAGCACGCUCGGCUGAAAGUUUUGGGCGAGGAAGGCGUUCAAGCAAAGCUCACACCCGAAUUUAUCGAGUCUGUCAGGCAGCUCGAUGAGCUCGAAGGAGUCGUCCCCCCUCGAUCGCCGCCGCCGGAAGAGAUCGAGCCAGUAAGCAAACGCAUGCGCCUCGAGCCUCCGCCAACAGCAGAACUCAUCGCGCCCGCUGCAAAGGACGGUCUACUAUCUAUGAAUGCCUUGGCGAGCCUGAAAUACGCCGCUUCGCUCAAAACCCAGGCAGCGAGCAAACCUCCGACUACGACAGGCCUCGGCGCUAUCGCCGAUUAUGGCAGCGAUAGUGAUUGA